AAUGGCGGCGUCGAACAACCCGCGGAAAUUCAGCGAGAAGAUCGCGCUCCACACCCAGAAACAGGCGGAGGAGACGGCGGCUUUCGAGGAAGUGAUGAAGGACCUGAGCAUCACCCGGGCGGCCCGAUUACAGUUACAGAAAUCUCAGUACCUACAACUGGGACAGGGCCGGGGUCAGUACUAUGGAGGCUCUUUGCCCAACGUCAACCAGAUAGGAAGCACCACUCUGGACCUGCCUUUUCAGACUCCGUUCCAGUCAUCUGCUUUGGACACAAGUAGAACAACCAGGCACCAUGGCUUGGUCGAUCGGGUCUACAGGGACAAAAGUCGGCUGGGAUCACCACACCGCCGUGCCAUUCCUGUUGACAAACAUGGGCGUCAGGCAGACAGCUGUCCAUAUAGUUCGAUCUAUCUGUCGCCGCCACCUGAUACCAGCUGGAGAAGGACCAAUUCAGAUUCUGCUCUGCACCAGAGUACAAUGAAUCCCACUGCACAGGAUCCAUUUAAUGGGAGCACCCAAGAAACACAAAAUCAGCACAAGCGAGUAUUACUGUUAACGGUUCCUGGGAUGGAGGAGAAUACGUCUGACAAUGAUAAAUCCCUAUCCAAACAGCUUUGGGACAACAAAAAGUCUGUGUCAUCCCGGCCGAAAUCAUGUGAAGUCCCAGGAAUCAAUAUUUUCCCAUCUGCAGACCAAGAAAAUACCACAUCACUGAUUCCUGCUGCCCAUAACACUGGUGGAUCCCUGCCAGACCUCACAAAUAUCCACUUCCCACCACCCCUACCCACCCCAUUAGACCCAGAGGAGUCAACAUUCCCAACCUUGGGCAGUGCAAACAGUACCGGAAACCUGACAGCAAACAUGAACCAUCUGGGACUCAGCACUAACAGUCAGGGUUUGGCAUCGUCACAAGGGUCACUCCAGAGCCGGCAACCCACAGCAACCCCUCUCACCUUACCAGUCAGCACAGACUCACGAAGACAGCAGCAACAACUACAGCUGUCACCAGCUCUCUCACCACUCUCUCCAAUCACGCAGGCUGUUGCUAUGGAUGCAUUAGCACUGGAGCAGCACCUUCCUGCAUAUCCAUUUUUCACGCAACAGACAACACAGCCACAGUCACAGAGCUCCAGCAACCUGGGUCAGAGUUCACAAGUACAGCAGAGCAGUGGGCAGAAGCAGACAGCCACAGUGCCACAAUCUCCUCCAAUGAACCAAACGCAGGCGCCAAUAGGAAUGGAUAUCAGCACGCCUUCCCUCCAGCAGUACCGCAGUAAUGCUGGAUCUCCAGCCAACCAGUCUCCCACCUCUCCUGUCUCCAAUCAAGGCUUCUCUCCAGGCAGCUCCCCUCAAACAUCCAUACUUGGGAGUGUAUUUGGCGAUUACUACGAUCAGCAGCUGACAAGCAGGCAGGCCAACUCGCUGUCACACCAGCUUGAACAGUUUAAUAUGAUUGAAAGCCCGAGCAGCAGCAACAGCCUUUACAACCAAAUUUCGACUCUGAACUACUCUCAGGCAGCGAUGAUGGGACUGACAGGGAGCCACGGGAAUCUACAUGACACACAGCUCAGUUAUACCAACCAUGGAAACAUACCCAAUAUCAUCCUGACUGUGACGGGAGAGUCUCCCCCAACUCUGUCGAAGGAGCUGACCAAUUCACUUGCGGGUGUUGGAGAUGUGGCUUUUGACACCGACUCCCAGUUUCCUCUCGAUGAACUGAAAAUUGACCCUUUAACGCUGGAUGGUCUGCACAUGCUGAAUGACCCAGACAUGGUGCUGACGGACCCCGCUACAGAGGAUACUUUUCGCAUGGAUCGUCUGUAAUAAGUAACACUCGGACCCAGGACAAAUCGGGGAGGCAGCCAAACCCCACCAGGGAGUGGAAAUCAAGUGACCGAGUACGAUUGGUGGAAUGAUGUUAGCGUGAGAGCGUAACGUGCAAUGAAUUCCGCUUCUUGUUCUGAGCUUGCAGCACUGCGACCCUGAAUGAACCAAGUAUAGCGCUUGCAGCUGUGUGGCGCGCUCCUCCAUUGCAGCGUCUCAUUGACUCCAUUUCAUACCUAGGCCUCUUGUUUUAUUUUCCGUAGCCCUGUUAAUAUUGUCCUCUUGACCACGGUGGGCUGUAAGUGCAUCACUCUCAUCGGCAGACUUACAAGAAGAGUGGAAUCUCUCUGUGUGAGGUAACAACAACACACGGCAGCUCCAGGCCAACAGUCUGGUGACAUAUGUUAUUUAAACCAAAGUCACUAGUCUGAGGAUCGCGUCACUGCAUCGUUGCCAGUGUAUUUCCCAUGCUGCUCAAUUCUUAUUUAUAUUUUUACAUUGUCUGUGAUUUCUCUCCCCUGUCCUGUUCCCUUCACUGUGUUUGUGUUCAGCAAAAGCCACUGCCUUGUUGUAUGUUGCUGAGAUAGUGAUUGAGAGAAUGAUCUGACACGAGCUAAGUGUAUGGACAGAAAUUGUAUUACUGCCAAUGUUCAUGGGGGGGGCAGCUCUCGCUCCCAGUUGCGUCCCUCUCAUUUAUUCAUUUCUAGCAGCAUUUGAAAAAUAGUUUCACAUUUUCUGCAGGUCAGAGACAAGUGUUUGCUGCCAACUCUCCCUUAGAGGGAAACUGAUUUUCUUGCUCUCCCUCAAUAAGAAACUGAUAUUCUCACUCUCCCUCAGUGAGAAAAUGACAUUCUCGCUCUCUCUGUGAGAAAUGAGUAAUUCGCUCUCCUGCCCUCCAGCUAUAACCACUCACAUUCAGAGGCUUGGCAACAAGGCCUAACUUUAGAAGACAA